CAACUUUUUAUUUUGACGACGACCACGACACGAUACGCGCAGGAUACGACGAGACGACUGGAUGCUGUAGUGUGCGAUAGUGGAGGAAUCAGCAAGCGGAAGAUAUACGAGGGAAGGAGCGAACGAGGAAGAGACUCGAGGAGGGAAAGAGCUAAGGACGGAAAGAGCUAAGCACGGAAAGAACGAAGGAGGAAAGAGGGAAGGAGCGACGGAGGGGAGUAACUAAAGAGGGAAGGAACGAAGAGGGCAAGAGAGGAAGAGCGGGCGAAGCAGCUGGGGCUGGAUUAGAUCUUCAACGCGAGGAGAGGGCGAGGCGCGAAGACGAGGCGCAAGGGUUCGAUACUACGAGACAUCACAACACUGCAGAGCUAACAAGCUCCGAGACAAGACGAGAGGGCGACGCACGCAGCGAGCGCAUAUAUACCCCGAGCCCUACACGACUCUACGCGACUGGACUGCACGGAAGAGAGAAACAUACACCUCGCUCUACUCGCUCGGCGGGACGUAAGGGAGGGAGGACAAGAUAUACAGAUAAGCACACACACAACCCACCAUGGCACCCUCACGUACCACCGCCCUUCUACCUCAACCAUCCUCCAAUACAUCCAUAAAGCCCACGAGAGCGACUCCGUCACCCGCCCUCCGAGCACCACAACCAACACAAGCGCAGCUCCUCGCCGCCCUCUCCCCCGCUGCGACCAGCGCCCUCAUCCGACGCACCCUCCACCCCACCGCCUCGAAAGACACACCCCUCUCGGCCCUCCUCAAACCUCUCACGGGAGACAAGGAUGUGGAUUUUGAGAUAUACGCCCUGCUGGCGGUGGUGAUGCGGGAGUUUGUGGUGAAGUGGUAUGGAAACAUAACAGGAGAUCCUGGGUUUGUGGGGGAGAUUGGAGAGUUGGUAGAGGGAGUUGUGAGGAAGGGAUGGGGGAGGCUCGGGGAGAGGAAGAGGGAGAAUGGGGGAUGGGGAGGGGUGGUUGUUGAGAUUGGGGGGGUUGUGGGGGAGGUGGGGAGGGGCCAUGUUGAUGCCUACCGCACCGCCCACACAACCCACCUCCCAUCUCCAUUCGUCGCCUCACCCCGCAACAUAUACCACGCCCUCCACCCUCACCCCGCGCUCUCACCCGUCCCCGACCCGACCGACCCUGCGAGUAUCGAACUACAAUCCGCUAAUGACGCCGCCUAUCGCGAGCUCCUCGCCCGGCGCUUAUUACACACCCUCCUCCCGCCCACUGAGCGUGACAACCCCGCGCUCAUGGCCCUCGUCGGCUCCAUCCUCGCCGAUCUCGUGAUUGAGAAGGCAGUGGAGAGAGCCUGCGAGUCGGGGGUUAUAUGGGAAGGUAUCGCGAAGGUGGUGGAGGGCGUUGCAGCGCGGGGGAAGAGCGCGAGGAGGGUUGAUAGGGGCGACGACGGCUCGACGAGAAAGGGGGGAUGGCAGGCGACAUUCUGGAUGGUGAUUCAGUUCGCCUUCCUCGCUUUCACUGCUGUGCGUGCUCUCGUCAUUGCGGUCGCGACUUCAUCAUCGUUGCCGCGUCGUGGGGUUCGGCUGUCGAAAUCGACGACGUCGCCGACGACGGCGACAGGUCCGACGCCGGUGCUUGGGAUGAAGAUGUGGAGUUUCCUGGCAAGACAGGUCGAACUCGAGGAGCGCAUGCCAUGGGCGUACGGAGCGCUCGCGCUGGGGCAGUGGGUGAUGCUGUAUGGGCCUGGGAGGGUGGGGGCAGUGGAUGGGGUGGUUGACCGAUUACUUACGCAUUUCCUACUCGGUCUCUUGCCCCCAGCCGCGCCGACGCUGAGGGCGCUCCGUGGCUUGCUGUUUCCGCUUAAUGCGCCGAGUCCGCCUGGGGCGCCGAUGCCGGUUGGGGAGGAAGCGGCGAGGAUGCGGAGGAGGGCUGCGGAGGGGGUGGUUGGGCUGGUGCCGAGGUGGAUGGGGGGUGUGUAUUUUGGGAGUGGGAAGGCGAAGGUGAAGGGAGGUAGGGAAGAAGAGUUUGAAGGAGUGGAGCGCAUGUUGGGGGUUUGGGGGGAUGCGUGGAUGAAUCGCUGUUUCGUGUAUUCGCUUCUCGAGGCUGGUGUGGUGGGUUUGCUGCCUGAGCUUGCUGGGGGUAAAGGAAUAGUUGGGGGCGCUGAUGUGGUCGAGAUAGCGGUGUAG